AUGACAACUUAUAGCACUAUUCGAGCUUCUCCGACCGAGCUAUCCGAUGAUAGAAACUCGUCUAUCUCGGGGAGCGAUGGCGAGAACGAUAACCAGGACGAUGGUCCAGAGGCUGGAAGCACCAACAAGAAGAGAAAAAGAUCACUAAAAAUCUCUUGCGAAUUAUGCAAGUCCAGAAAAGUGAAAUGCGACAGAGUCGAGCCUGCUUGUGGAUGGUGUGCUCGUAACAAUCGAACAUGCGUCUACAAAGAACGACAGAAGCCUGGCCUCAGAGUCGGCUAUGGCCGUGAACUCGAAGAGAAGAUCAAUCGCCUUGACGCACUUCUUCGAGUCAUGGGUCGUCGCCUUGAAGACCACAUUUCCGAGCAUGGCGACUAUCAAAGUAAUGCUCCAGGCUCAGUUCGAAUGCCGCAUCAAUCUGCUCGAUUUUCAAUCUAUUCACAGACUGAGGGACGGCCCACCAAUGAAAGUACUAUCUCGCAAGACACGCCAAUAUCUGAGAGAUGGACAGGACCGAACGCUUACGAAAGAAUGCAAUAUCCUCGGCCUCAAGAUGCAAUGUCUAUCCGGUCGGUAGUAGACAAUGCUGCGCAUGAUCUAAUGUCCCAGAGUGAUAGAGCUACAUCAGCUACCUGGGUGCCGAAUUCAACUCCUGCUUCCACAAUGCCAGAGUCUGAGCUUCCUCCCUACGAUUUGGUUUAUACGCUGGUGGACUUGUUCUUUAAACACGUCAAUCCCUGGUCACCAAUACUGGAUAGAAAAGCGACAUUCGAUACAUUCUUCGGGUCCCAGUCGGUUGAGGAUACGGAUCGAGUUCUUCUUCAUGCCAUUGUGGCUACCACUCUUCGCUUUUCCAAGGAUCAGCGUUUGACCCCAGAACUCAAAGCUCAAUUUCACGAAAUAUCCCGACAAAAGAUAAUGCUCUACGCAUUUGACCAUCCUAAUGUUAGGGCAUUGCAGGCUUUGGUGAUAUUAGCCGUUGAUGUUCUUGGUACAUCGAACGGGCAGCAAGGUUGGAACCUGCUCGCUUUGAUCAGUCGCAACAUUGUCCAACUUGGCCUGGACGUUGAGAAGAAUUCAUAUUUGGAAUCUGCGGCCUACCCUUCGGCGACCUUGCUACAAGCAUCACAGCCCAAGAAUUGGAUCGAAAGUGAAGAAAGACGUCGCCUGUGCUGGAUGGCUUUUGUCCUAGACCGCUAUGCUACCGUCGCUACAGCAGAUGCUUUCACCUUCGAUGAAAGGGCCAUGGAUAGAUGCUUGCCGUGCCGUUAUGAUCUGUUCUCACGAAACGAGCCGGUUGAGACGAGAUGGCGCCGACCGAUUGCACAACUGGAGACUUUCGCACAAACGGAGCUGGUUCUCAACCGUCCAGAGAACCUGGGUAGCUUCUCUUAUCAUUGCGAAGUGUUGGGUAUUCUUAGCCGGAUUCAUCGUUUCCUUCAUCAGCCUCUCGACAUCACCCAGCGAUCCGACAUAUUGAGAUGGCGUGAGACGUAUCGAGAAUUGGAUGGCGAGUUGAAUACAUGGCUCCAGAAUUUGCCUGGUGAGUAUGGCAAGAUUUCUCAGCUUUGUCACUCCGACCCAGGAAGCCGUAUCUCCAAUUGGAUCAUGUUGCAUGCAGCCUUCGUCACUUCUGUUAUUCGACUUCACUCAUCGGCCGCAUAUCCGACUAUCAAGUCCCACGUCUUCACACCAUCAUACCACGCAAUACAACGCUGCCUAGGGGCAGUCGAAAGUCUUCGCGAGAUUGCACAGGAUGUCCUGAAUACCGGCAUGCUUGCUCUUCUAGGCCAUCCUUUCGCGUUCUCUCUAUGGGUCUCGGCUCGUCUGCUUCUUGUUCAUGCCGCGACUAUGGAAUGUGAGAUCGAUCCCAAGAUAUCCUUCUUCAUUUCAACUCUUGAACAAAUGGGCCAGCAUUGGCUUGUGGCUCGGGAUUAUGCGAGGAUAUUGACAGAUGUGGUACAAGAAGGAAGCAGUGGCACUGGAAGAACUUUCUCCGCAAUGCGAAGAUCUGCAUACGAACUCAAUUUCGUCACGACAAGACGACCACGCACAACACUUGAACCAGUCACGACACACCCGUCAUCGCAGAGUGAACUAGAAUAUCUCGAAAUCUUCGAUUUUUUCAACUAUCCACGGCUAAACGCCAUCUCAUCUAGCAAUGCUCUCUUCGGUGGCGGCGUCGAUCCAUCACCGUCAUCUGGCACACUCACUGUCACCUCUCUAGGCGACCAGACACCAUCGCAAGGUCCUGGUGGCCAGCAAACGCCACAAUCGCUGCGUGGCGCUGCCCCGGCUUUUGUCAUACCGAACCCCGAGUCAGAUUGGCUCAUCUUCAAGCCGCCCUAUGAGUAG